CGUGUCCUGCGGCGGGGCGUGUCCUCCGCGGGAGGGGGCGUGUCCUCCGCGGGAGGGGGCGUGUCCUCCGCGGGAGGGGGCGUGUCUUCUGCGGGAGGGGGCGUGUCCUCCGCGGGAGGGGGCGUGUCCUCCGCGGGAGGGGGCGUGUCUUCUGCGGGAGGGGGCGUGUCCUCCGCGGGAGGGGGCGUGUCCGGCGGCGCCGGUGCCGGGAGCGCAGCGAUGGCGGCGGCGGAGCUGGAGCGGCUGCGGAUGGCGGGGGCCGGCAUGGCCAUCGCCGUCCUCACCAGCGGCGGCGACGCGCAAGGGAUGAAUGCUGCCGUCCGCGCCGUCACCCGUAUGGGCAUCUACGUGGGAGCCAAGGUCUUCCUCAUCUACGAGGGCUACGAGGGCCUGGUGGAGGGGGGAGACAACAUCAAGCAAGCCAACUGGCUCAGCGUCUCCAACAUCAUCCAGCUGGGGGGGACGGUGAUCGGCAGCGCCCGCUGCAAAGCCUUCACCACCCGCGCGGGCCGGCUGCGGGCCGCCCGGAAUCUGGUGGAGCACGGCAUCACCAACCUCUGCGUCAUCGGCGGGGACGGCAGCCUGACGGGCGCCGACAUCUUCCGCUCCGAGUGGGGUGGGCUGCUGGAGGAGCUGGUCCAAGACGGGCAGAUCAGCGAGGAGGUGGCGCGGGAGAACUGCCGCCUGAACAUCGUGGGGCUGGUGGGCUCCAUCGACAACGAUUUCUGCGGCACUGACAUGACCAUCGGCACCGACUCGGCGCUGCACCGCAUCAUGGAGGUGAUCGACGCCAUCACCACCACGGCGCAGAGCCACCAGCGGACGUUCGUGCUGGAGGUGAUGGGCCGCCACUGCGGGUACCUGGCGCUGGUGUCCGGCUUGGCCUCGGGCGCCGACUGGCUCUUCAUCCCCGAAUCCCCUCCGGAGGACGGCUGGGAGGACCUCAUGUGCGAGCGGCUCGGGGAGACGCGCAGCAGAGGGUCGCGGCUCAACAUCAUCAUCAUCGCCGAGGGUGCCAUCGACCGCAGCGGCAAACCCAUCUCCUCCAACUACGUGAAGGAUCUGGUGGUGCAGCGCUUGGGCUUCGACACGCGGGUCACUGUCCUCGGCCACGUGCAGCGUGGAGGGACCCCGUCGGCUUUUGACCGCGUGCUGAGCAGCAAGAUGGGGAUGGAGGCGGUGAUGGCGCUGCUGGAGGCCACGCCGGACACCCCGGCCUGCGUGGUGAGCCUCUCGGGGAACCAGUCGGUGCGGCUGCCGCUCAUGGAGUGCGUCCAGGUGACGAAGGAUGUGCAGAAGGCCAUGGAUGAGAAGAGGUUUGAGGAGGCCAUCCAGCUCCGUGGGAGGAGCUUUGAGAACAACUGGAACAUCUACAAGCUGCUGGCGCACCAGAAGCCGGCGCAGGAGAAGAGCCCCUUCAGCCUGGCCAUCCUGAACGUGGGUGCCCCCGCCGCGGGCAUGAACGCUGCCGUCAGGUCGGCAGUGCGGAUCGGCAUCUGCCGGGGACACACCGUCUACGCGGUGAGCGACGGCUUCGAGGGCUUGUCCAAGGGGCAGAUCCGUGAGGUGGGCUGGCACGACGUGGCGGGCUGGCUGGGACGCGGAGGGUCCAUGCUGGGCACCAAGCGGACGCUGCCCAAGACCUGCAUGGAAAAGAUCGUGGAGAACGUGCGGAAAUUCAACAUCCAGGGGCUGCUGGUCAUUGGGGGGUUUGAGGCGUACGAGGGGGUGCUGCAGCUGGUGGAGGCCCGUGGGCAGUACGAGGAGCUCUGCAUCAUCAUGUGCGUCAUCCCCGCCACCAUCAGCAACAACGUCCCCGGGACCGACUUCAGCCUGGGCUCAGACACGGCCGUCAACGCGGCCAUGGAGAGUUGUGACCGCAUCAAGCAGUCGGCCUCGGGCACCAAGCGCCGUGUCUUCAUCGUGGAGACGAUGGGGGGCUACUGCGGGUACCUGUCGACCGUCACCGGCAUCGCGGUGGGUGCCGACGCUGCCUACGUCUAUGAAGAUCCCUUCACCAUCCACGACCUGAAGGCCAACGUGGAGCACUUGACCGAUAAAAUGAAGACGGAUAUCCAGAGAGGGCUGGUGCUGCGCAAUGAGAAGUGCCACGAGCACUACACCACCGAGUUCCUCUACAAUCUCUACUCCUCCGAGGGCAAAGGCAUCUUCGACUGCAGGAUUAACGUGCUGGGCCACCUCCAGCAGGGAGGAGCCCCGACCCCCUUUGACCGCAACUACGGGACCAAGCUGGGAGUGAAGGCGGUGCUGUGGAUGUCGGAGAAGCUGGAGGAGGUCUACUGCAAGGGGCGCGUGUUUGCUGAUUCGGGUGACUCUGCCUGCGUGAUCGGGCUCAGGAAGAAGGUGGUGGCCUUCAGCCCCGUGACGGAGCUUAAGAAAGUCACUGAUUUCGAGCACAGGCUGCCCCAGGAGCAGUGGUGGCUGAACCUGCGGCUGAUGCUGAAGAUGCUCGCCAACUACCAGAUCAGCCUGACCGAGUAUAUCUCGGGGAAGAUGGAGCACGUCACCCGCCGCACGCUCAGCAUCGAGAAGGGCUUCUAGUCCCACCACCAGCCUGAGCCGUAGCCCCCCUCCGCAUCCUCUCCACCCCCACGUGCUGCUCGGGGAGCACCGGGUCCCCCCCUGUUCUCAGCAGCCCUGUAGCUUUGCCAUUGACCCCUUAAAGCAGGCAGAGCCUGGUCUCGGCUCCCCCAAACGGUACAAUCCUGCCCCAAAUUGCUGGUCCAGGGUCUGAUCCCUGUGCAGAUGCAGAAAAGAGGUGUUGCUAGAGUCCAGUUGGGCAGCCCAGACCCUUAAUCGUCCCUUAAGAGUUUAUUCCUAUUAUUUAAUGAUGGGGUAUCUUGAUUCCUUAUUAAGCGGCUUGACCGCCUGAGCCAACUGCUGCUUUUAGUCGCCUGCCCCGUGUGUGGGAGGGGAGUUGAGGAGGACGUGGUGCUGUUCCAGAGGGGGUAGGGGCUGGUCCCGGGCGGGGGUGGCUUUUGGCUGCUCCAGUAGUCCCAGUAACACUCCAUCCUCCCGUGGGGUUUGCCCAGUGGGGCGUCUCGAGGGCUCAGCGCAGAGCACGAGCCCCUCUUCCCCGGCUCCCUUGCAUGACGCUUGGCCGCGACCGUCCCCCACGCGGCCCCGGGUGCCGUGCCUGUCACCUCACCGCUGCUCUGUGACACCCCCCCCCCCCAAAUCUUGUACCAUUCGCAGCGCUGCUCUCCUCCUCUAGAGAUAAAACCCGCUGGAGCCAAA